UCGCCGUCGCAGCCGCUGGGCUUUCUCCGGCUGCCGCCGCCGCUGCCGCUUCUUCGCGGGCUUGGAGGGCCCGGGCGUCCCCGGGCGAGAGGAGGCUGCGGGUGGGAGCCUUCGUGGGCACGGAGGAGCGGGCCGGGGGAGGCCGGGAUGGAGCCCCCCGGAGUUGACUGAAGCGAGGGAGCCAGGUUCCAGAGCCUCAAGGCGGGAUCCAGGGGCGUCCUGAGGUUGCCACGGAUGGUCUGAGGGCAUCGCAGACAUGGCUCACCUCAGGGGAUUUGCCAGCCAGCACUCGCGCGUGGACCCCGAGGAGCUCUUCACCAAGCUGGACCGUAUCGGCAAGGGCUCCUUUGGGGAGGUGUACAAGGGCAUUGACAACCGCACCAAGGAGGUGGUGGCCAUCAAGAUCAUCGACCUGGAGGAGGCCGAGGAUGAGAUCGAGGACAUUCAGCAGGAAAUCACUGUGCUCAGCCAGUGUGACAGCCCAUAUAUCACCCGCUACUUCGGCUCCUACCUGAAGAGCACGAAGCUGUGGAUCAUCAUGGAGUAUCUGGGCGGCGGUUCUGCGUUGGACCUGCUUAAACCCGGCCCGCUGGAGGAGACCUACAUCGCCACCAUCCUGCGGGAGAUCCUGAAGGGCCUGGACUACUUGCACUCGGAGCGCAAGAUCCACCGAGACAUCAAAGCCGCCAACGUGCUGCUCUCAGAGCAGGGGGACGUGAAGCUGGCAGACUUCGGGGUGGCGGGGCAGCUCACAGACACGCAGAUCAAGAGGAACACGUUUGUGGGCACCCCCUUCUGGAUGGCACCCGAGGUCAUCAAGCAGUCGGCCUAUGACUUUAAGGCCGACAUCUGGUCGUUGGGGAUCACAGCCAUCGAGCUGGCCAAGGGUGAGCCUCCGAACUCUGACCUCCACCCCAUGCGUGUCCUGUUCCUGAUCCCCAAGAACAGCCCGCCCACCCUGGAGGGCCACCAUAGCAAGCCCUUCAAGGAGUUUGUGGAGGCCUGCCUCAACAAGGACCCCCGAUUCCGGCCCACUGCCAAGGAGCUCCUGAAGCACAAGUUCAUCACACGCUACACCAAGAAGACCUCCUUCCUCACCGAGCUCAUCGACCGCUACAAGCGCUGGAAGUCGGAAGGGCACGGCGAGGAGUCCAGCUCCGAGGACUCGGACAUCGAUGCAGAUGCUGAGGACGGAGAGCAGGGUCCCAUCUGGACGUUCCCCCCCACCAUCCGGCCAGGCCCGCACAGCAAACUGCACAAGGGGGCAGCCCUGCACGGCCCCCCGAAGUCUGCGGAGCCCGUCAAGAGGCAGCCGAGGUCCCAGUGCCUGUCCACGCUGGUCCGGCCUGUGUUUGGAGAGCUCAAGGAGAAGCACAAGCAGAGUGGCGGGGGCGUGGGGGCGCUGGAGGAGCUGGAGAACGCCUUCAGCCUGGCUGAGGAGUCCUGCCCUGGCAUCUCGGACAAGCUGAUGGCUCACCUGGUGGAGCGGGUGCAGAGGUUUUCACACAGCAGAAACCACCUGACGUCAACCCGCUGA